AUGUUUGGAGGUGAAGGGCAAGCCAGUGGGAGCUCGAUACGGUCAACAAGCAAUGGAUACAGGGCGAAGACCCAAAAUCGUAGUAGGGCUACGCGUGUACCAGAAUGGUGUGGUUGCGGCUGCCGACCUGUGCUCCGGUGGUCUGGGACACAUUCCAACCCAAAUAAGCCCUUUUUUGGAUGCCCAAAUUAUAAUACAAUUGGUAAAAGAUGGUGUGGUUUGUUUGUUUGGGCAGAUGUUGGGCAAGAGGCUGUCCCUGCAAAAUUAGAAAGUCUUAACUAUAAUGAAGAGCAGAAGAUGACAGAAGGUUGGAGGCUGGAAAAAUUAGAAUCGGAUGUUAGGAGUCAAAAGUUUAUGAUCAAAUUAUUGUUUGUGGUUGUUUUUGUAAUGCUGUUGUUCUUACUAGUGGUAUUUUGCAAACUUUGA